UCUUGUUCCCUGUAGAAUCAAUAACACUGCAGCAACAUUUGUAAAAGGCAAUCAUCUUUUAAAGAGCCUCUUUUAAAGCUGAAUUGAGUGAGUGCUCAUGUGACCAUUGUUGUAUUGAGGGUGGUUUUAGCAGUUCCAGAUGCAGCUCUAUUAUCAUCGGGCACUGACACAGCACAACCAUGACACCCACUUUGACCUGUAUGUUCCACACCAGCACUCACCACAUGGAUACUGGCUGGAAGCUGCUCGCUGCAGCCACAAGAUGAGGACCGCAGGCCUGCUGUUUAUCACGGGGAUGUGUGUGUUGGACCUGGCUUUUUCUCUAAAGAUCUGCGCUUUUAACGUGCAGAGUUUUGGUGAAGCCAAAGCCAACAACAAGAAAGUUAUGGGGGUUCUAAUGAAGAUUAUUUCCCGAUGUGACGUGUGUCUCAUUCAGGAGGUUCGGGACUCUAAAGGACGAGCAUUGCAAGCCUUGGUUAAAGGUCUUAACAGGUUUGACCAAUCAAACUCUUAUUCCUAUGUGGAAAGUGAGAGACUGGGAAGGAAGAGCUAUAAGGAGCAGUACGUCUACAUUUACAGAAACAACAUGCUGCAGGUGAAGGAGCAGUAUCAGUACUCUAAACAGGUGCAAGAGGGGACCAAUGACACUGACGUCUUCUCCAGGGAGCCUUUCAUCGUUCGCUUUCACUCCCCAAACACACUAAUGAAGGAUGUGGUCCUCAUUGGCCAACACACCAGUCCCAAAACGGCCAUGAAGGAGAUGGAUCAACUUUAUGUCGUGUUCAAAGAGAUCUACUGGAAAUGGAAGACAGAGAACGCGAUGAUUUUAGGGGACCUGAACGCCGCGUGCAGCUACGUCACCAUCAAGGGCUUGCGAGCCGUCCGUCUGAGAAGUGAUCCGAAAUUCCAUUGGCUGAUUGGAGACGAGCAGGACACGACCGUCCGGGAAAAGACUCACUGUGCCUACGACAGGAUUAUUGUCCAUGGCCGUGAGAUUAUUUCCACUAUAAUCCCUGGGUCAGCUCGACCCUUCAACUUUAAAGAGACUUUCCAUCUGUCAGAAGAGGAGGCCCUGAAGGUGAGCGAUCAUUUCCCCGUGGAGGUGGACCUGAAGCCAAACCAUCGCUACCUCCUCCGCAAUGAGCUGUAAAAGAAACUUUACUUUUAUUCCAUUUUUAGAUAUUUAAUGAAUGAAAAUACAACCCAAUGCAAUUUCUGACAACAACACGUUUUACAUCUCAGCACCUUUGCCCCCUUUAACUAUCAAUAAAACAUAAGCUGCGUGUA